UAUAUAAGCUCUGUGACUUGUGCCAUCAGUCACUCUCACCCAUUGUCGGAGGAAUGGCGAGGAAGGGGAAGGAGGUGGUCGGAAAGGCCCCUGCCGGCAAGCGAAAGCGCGGCGGAGACGGCGAUGAUGACAAGACCGGCGGUGGACGGAACAGGAGGAACCGCGCGGUCCUCCAGUUCUUCGAGGAUGCCGCUGGCGAGGACGACUACUCCGAUUCCAGCUACGACAGUGACAUCGACAAUUAUUUUGUGGAAGAAGAAGCUGUUUCAGAGCCGGAUAUAAUGAAGGAACAAGGGAAAGCGCUGAACCUUCCACUUUUCCCCAAAGAGGAGGAGAUGAAUGAGGAAGAAUUUGAUAAAAUGAUGGAAGAACGCUAUAAGGAUGGUUCUAAUUUAUUUACAUAUGCUGAGGAUGAUUAUGAGAACAAAAGAUCGAUCGAAAGAAAUUCUCUUGUACCUUCUGCGAAGUAUCCGACCAUCUGGAAAGUUAAAUGCACGGUUGGACGGGAGAGGCAUUCAGCUUUCUGUCUCAUGCAGAAAUAUGUUGACUUGAAACUAUUAGGUACCAAACUUCAGAUAUUGUCUGUAUUUGCUCUUGAUCAUCUAAAAGGUUUCAUUUACAUUGAAGCUGACAAGCAAAAUGAUGUUAAUGAGGCAUGCAAAGGGCUUUCUAGCAUAUAUUCUACUCGAAUAAUGCCAGUUCCAAAAAAUGAAAUUUCUCAUUUGCUCUCUGCCCGAAGUAAGUGCAAUGAAGUUUCUGAGGGCAUGUGGGCUCGGGUGAAGAAUGGGAAAUACAAGGGAGACCUGGCACAGAUUGUGGCUGUGAACAAUGGACGAAAAAGAGCAACCGUGAAGCUUAUACCAAGAAUUGAUCUACAAGCGAUGGCAGCAAAAUUUGGUGGGGGAGUUAGCCUCAAGAAUAAGUCUAGUCCGGCACCAAGAUUGAUGAGCGCGCGUGAACUUGAGGAGUUCCGGCCUCUGAUAAGAUACAGACGUGAUCGUGACACCAACAAGGUUUUUGAGAUUCUUGACGGUUUGAUGCUCAACAGUGGAUAUUUAUACAAGAAAGUAUCAGUAGAUUCUUUAAGCUGUUGGGGAGUUAAUCCGUCAGAAGAGGAGCUCCUGAAGUUUAAACCUUCUGAGAAUAGUGAAUCCGAUGAUUUGGAGUGGCUCUCACAGCUUUACGGUGAUCAAAAGAAAACACAGAUUGUAGGAAACCUACGUAGUGGGAAACCUUCUGAUAAAGGUAGUGGGAAAGGAGAGGGCUCCUCUGGAUCUGGUGGGGGGAACGGCUUUGAACUGCAUGAUCUUGUCUGUUUUGGUAAGAAAGAUUUUGGUGUUAUCGUAGGCAUGGAGAAAGAUGAUACUUACAAGAUUCUGAAAGAGGGUUCAGAAGGACCUGUUGUGGUGACUGUUCAACUGAAAGAGUUAAAGGGUGGGCCCUUUGAUAUGAAAUUUACUGCUUUAGAUCAGCGCAUGAAGCCCAUUUCUGUCACUGAUACUAUCAGAGUUUUGGAAGGACCAUUAAAGGGUAGGCAAGGGAUUGUUAGGAAAAUCUACAGAGGCACCAUCUUUUUGUAUGAUGAGAAUGAGACAGAAAAUGGGGGUUAUUUCUGUGCUAAAUCUCAAAUGUGUGAGAAAAUUGUGUUAUCCGCUGAUGCAUGCAAAGAAAAGGGUGGUGAAUCAGGUUUCUCGGGUUUUGAAGACUUCACAUCAUCUCCUAAAUCACCACUUUCACCUCAAAAGCCAUGGCAAGCUAGGGAAAGCAAUUCUGAAUUCAACCGUAGGGAUAAAGAUGAAAUCUUCUCUAUUGGUCAAACCUUGAGAAUCCGUGUUGGUCCUCUGAAGGGAUACCUCUGCCGUGUUUUAGCUAUACGUCAUUCUGAUGUUACAGUGAAACUUGAUUCUCAGCACAAGGUUCUUACAGUAAAAAGCGAGCAUCUUUCCGAGGUUCGAGGGAAGAGCUCUACCAUGUCUCUAAGUGAGGAUCCUGAGUCCAGUUCUAUAAAACCAUUUGAUCUGCUUGGAACUGAAGACUGCUCUAGAGAUUGGAUGGGUGGAGCCAGAACAUUAGCAGCAGGGAGUGAUAGUUGGAAUUCUGGAGGGCUGUCUGGUGAAAGGAGCUCUUGGCCUAGUUUCCCUGCCUCAGGCCUUUCGCUUCAGCCAGAGUCCAGUUCUGCGGAUCCUUUCAGUUCUGAGGGCAAUGAUGCCAAAAAGGAUGUGGAAAAUGCUGCUUGGGAUAGCAAACAGGCGCCAAAUCAUAGCAGCGCUAACGAAAGUUCAUCCUGGGCUGCUGGAGCAGCUAAUCAAAAAUCACCCUGGGCUGCUUCAGCAGCUAAUAAGAAAUCAUCCUGGGGUCUUGCAGAAGCUAAUGAAAAUGUGUCUGCUGCAGCAGUGAAUGAGAAAUCAUCCUGGGGUGCUGCAACUUCUAGUAAUAAAGCUGUUGAUGAUGUUGGCGGAAGGGAAAAAGGUGAAGAUGCUUGGAACAAAGCUACUAUGAAAACUGGCUCUUGGGGCAGUUCAUCUAAUAGCUGGGGUAAAGCAACAGCAACUGGCGCAGGCUCUCCAAAAGUUUCUGGAGACAAUUUGGCCAGAGGAGACCUCAAAAUUGGAACUCCAGCUGAUUCUUCAAAUGAUGCUGCAGCCACCGGGGAGAACAAAACCACGUCUGAUAAUCAGGGGGGUUGGAGAACAUCAGAGGAGCCCUGGAACAAAGGUAAGAGUGUUGGUGUAAAUCCAACUAGCAGUUGGGGUGAUGAUGCAACUGCUGGAAAGAAUCAACUGGAUUCUUGGGGUAAAGGUAAAAAUGUAGUUGAUGCUGGAUCUUGUGAAAAGAAUAAAAGUUCUGGUCUUGUUUGGGAUGGCUGGAAAAGCACGGGUUCUGACCGUAAUCAACAGAAUUCUUCGGACAAGGGCAAAGGUGCCGUUGCUGGUGAGGGAUCUUCUUGGGGCAAAGCUGUGGAUAGCCAAGAUAAAGGCACUGCUAGUGCAAUUCAAGAAGAUUCUUGGGGCAAGACCAUUGAAAAAUCGAGCUGUAGGGAUGGAUCUAGUGGAUGCAAGACAGGCUGGAAAAGUUCAAUGCCUGUGGCAGAGAAUCAGACUGGGAAUUGGGGUAAUGCAGAUGGGAGCUCGGCACGAGAAGUGGAAAAAACUGAUGAUGCAAGUGGCUGGAAUGAAGCCAAAGUUGUCACUGGAAGUCAAACCCCAAAGUGGGGUAACCUGAAAACUACAGGUGAAGAAGCAACUGGAUGGAGCAAAGGCAGGUCUAGUAAUCAGGAACAGGCAGGUAGUUGGAACAAACCAAAGGCCUUUGGUGAUAAUGGAAGAUCUUGGGAUAAAGAUAAAGGUUCUUCUUGGAAUAACCAAGAUGGAGGUUCUUGGAGUAAACCAGAUGAAGGGUCUUCAUGGAGUAAACAAGCUGAUGAGGGUUGUGGGUCUGGUGGGAGAAGGGGGAGGGGAGGUGGCCAACGAGGUAGAGGUCAAUUUGGCAGGGGAAGAUCAUUCAGUCAAGGACAAUCUGAUUGGAACAGGGAUCAAGAAAAUAGUAGGACAAAUGAUGGUAUGCCCUUAAGGAACCAGUCUGGUUGGAACAAUGAUCAAACAGUUGGUUGGGGCAAAUCCAGAUCUUCUGAUUCGGAUAGAAAAGAUGAUAGUUGGAAGAGAGACAAUGCAUCUGGUGAUAAUGAUGGAUCUGUUUGGAACAAAGGAGGGGGGGCAGAUAAGGCGAUUGGUGAAAGUGGAGACCAAUGGAACAGCUCAAAAUCCUCAUGUUGGAAUGCAUCGAACACUGGUUCUGGUGGUGCAAACCAGAAUUCCAGUUGGAGUAAAAAAUGUGAUUCGACUGAAGGUGGGAACCAGAAUUCUAGUUGGAGUAAAAAAUGUGAUUCGACUGAAGGUGGGAACCAGAAUUCUAGUUGGGGCAAAAGUAAUUGGAAAACUGGAUCUGGUGAUGCAAACCAGAAUUCCAGUUGGAGUAAAAAAUGUGAUUCGACUGAAGGUGGGAACCAGAAUUCUAGUUGGGGCAAAAGUAAUUGGAAAACUGGAUCUGAUGAUGCAAACCAGAAUUCUAAUUGGGGCAAGAAAAGAAAUUGGGAGUCUGGAAAUGAAGAUCAAAGUGAGAGUUCUGGUAAUUGGGCAAGUGGUGGGAAUUCUCAGGGAGAUUUUGGAGGCAGAGGCAGUUCAGAUAGAGGAGGCUUUAGAGGUAGAGGGGGUUUUAGAGGCAGAGACAGGGGGGGGUUUGGUGGUAGAUCAGACACAGGAGGAUUUGGAGGAAGAGACGGUGGGGGUUUUGGUGGUAGAGGUAGAGGUAGGUCGGACCGAGGAGGUUUUGGUGGUAGAUCAGACACAGGAGGAUUUGGGGAUAGAGGCCGUGGAAGGAGGGACCAAAGCGGUGGUUGGAACAACAGAAAUAACUCUAGUGAGGAUAAGCCCUCUGACUGGAAAAAUGAUGAUGGUGCAGGAACUUGGAACAAUGGAGGAGGUAGUGAUAACAAGAAGUGGCAGAGCUGGAGUGCAGGAAGUGGUGGAACUGGCAAUCAAUCCAGUGGUUGGAAUAACCAGGGAUGGAGCCAGCCAACAGAGGGUAAAGAUGCUGCUGCUAGUAAUGCUGUAUCUGGUGGGUGGAACAAAGGAACCGGUUCAACUAAUGAUGCUGGAGGAAGCAAGGGAAACAAUUGGGGUUCAACUAAUGAAGCUGGUGGAAGUAAGGGAAACAAUUGGGGAUCAAAUGCUUCUGGUGGGAGCCAGUGGUCUAGCUCGGACAAAUCGACCAUCGCCAAGGAAGUUAAAGAAACUAAAGAUGUAGAGGGUUCAGUUUGGAACAGAGGAACAGGUUCAAGUGCUGCAGAUGGGGGUCAGUCAUCUGCUUGGAAUCAAUCAAAAGAUGUAAAAGGAGGAGCUAACGGGGAUGGAAAACCAACUGAUUCGUGGGGAAAAGCAGCAGGAAGCUCUUGGGGGAAAGAGAAUGACACGAGUGGCAAAGGAGGGUGGUAAAUACUUUGCUCUUACGUAUGUUGAGCUUCUUAUGCCUACAUGUAGAUAUUGCUUUUCUGCAAGGGUCUAAAUGGAUUGUAUCUUUCUUUUGGAACCCAUUAUAUGGAAGAAAAAAAAAUGUAUGGCUUUUUACGUUUUGAACCAUGUUGCCGGUGUAGGCCGGCAAUGUCUAGAUCAUCCGUUUGUGGACAGCUUUAUUUUGCAGGGUAUAAGAUCAGUUGUAGUUUUUCUGAGUUGCAAA